CAAAACAAUAGCAGUAAUUAUGAAGUUUAUAAUUGUCUUAACGCUGUCUUUGGCCCAACUCUACGGUCUUAUAGAUUGUGUUGAGUACACGGACUGCGGUUCAGUCGACGGUCGGGUGACGGCUAUAGCGGUGGCCGGUUGUGGUCCGGGAGACGAGUACUGUCAGCUCAAAGGAGGCAAAAAGGCCAGCAUUGAUGUCAAGUUUAUCUCAAACGUGGACACUGAUAAAUUGACUCUCGUACUAAUUGGUUAUUUAGGAGGUUCGGAGGUUUGGUCUUUAAAAAAGGAUGCCUGCGGUGGCGAAUACAACGUCAAGUGUCCGCUCAAAAAGGGCUCACAUAACGAGAUGAAGAUCGCGAUGGAUGUGCCGGACAUACCGUUGGACAUAAAGGUUGAGAUCGCUGUGGAUCUGUUGGACACCAGCGGUCAACAUAUGUUUUGCCAACGAUUUCCCGCUGAAAUACACCCGUAA